AUGUAGAAAAAAAACUAAAGCGCUUCAUAUUAAAUUCAAUCACCUCAAACUUAAUAUUAGCCUGCGAAUUAAGCUUAAAAUUAUGAAUAUGUUUCUUAAUUUAUUUAAAAUAAUAGUAACGAUAAGAUCUUAUAAUCUCAUUUCAUAAACAUGAGCUAAGAACAAAAUCCAUAAUAACCAGUUAUAGAUUCAACUUAAACAUGCUAAUAAUGCUGCUUUGGUAUGUGCUGUUUAUGCUGUUUAUUUGUUAUUAAUAACUUCUUUUCUAUUACUUUUGGUGUGCUUUUCUAUAUGUUCUAAGGAGAACCUGAGAAAUAUAAUUAUUGUACAAACGAAUCUUUCAGAAAGUGGAGUCUAACAGUAAGUAUUAUCUUGUUUAUUAACUGUGGAAUUUCAAUUUUAAAAGCGUUUGAAAAAUAUGUUUUAAAACAAGAAAAUUUAUCUGAUUUUUUAGAUUUUUGUAUGAUAAUAGCAUUCGUAAUAUGCAUAAUAGGUCUAACUGCUAAUAUCUCUAGUGACUGUGGAUAACUUUACUUAUUAGCUUUUAUAUUUUGCACAUUUUUUUAUAUUUUGCUUGGACUAUUAAUAUGUAUUGCUUUAAUAAUUUAUAUGGUAAAGUCAUCUAGAUGA